AUGUUGAUUUUAUCAAUAUUUUCUUUAGUUUCUUCACAAAUUAUAAUAGGAGAAUUGCCAUCUGAAAUUAAUGAACAAUUGACUAUUUAAGUAGACACUAAAUCAUUUAGAAUAAGUUAUUGUUUAUCAUCAGAUUAAUAUAAAAGUGGGCUUAAAAAAAAUGAAUUCAAUUAUCCUAAUCCAAAAGCUUUUAUAUAAUUAAAUGAGAAAUUAAUGCUACAAUAUAUUACAGAUGAACUUUAUAUUAAAAUGGAGAAUAAAUCAGCUCUAUUCUAUUAUGAGAAUUGGAGAUGCAAAUAAUAUGCCAUAUAUGAUUAUGAUCUUUAAGAAUAUGAAAUAUCUGUAAAUAAUUCUAAGAAUAGAAUUCUCAGAAUACUUGAGUAAGAGAAAUAAGAUUUGAGUAAAUUAAAAUGUAAAUAUAAUCAUAAUAUAUAGAAAACAAAGUUUGGAAUUAUUAAUUACAUCUAAAUUCUAAAACAUAGUAAUAGCAUAUUUAAUUGAAUUAUGAUAACAUAUCUAAUGGACCUAAAUAUUAAUAUGAAAGAAAAUUGAUUGGAGCUGGAUUACAUCAAUUUAUAGAAACAAAAAUUACUUUUGAUAAAUAACCCAGUCAAAAUGUGGUUAUUGUAGAUGAAUUAGAUACUUUUACUUAUGUAGAUAAAGAUGAAUUAGAUAAAUUACCUUAUGAUGCUAAAUUAAUGACAAUUGUAGAUAUAGAAAGACCUAAUGAACUUUCUACUUAACACAUCAUUCUAAGUAAACAUAAAGGAACAUUAGAAAUUAUUUAUGUUAUGCCAUAUCAUUUUAGAUAUCAUUUAGCAUCAGAUACACAUUAUAAAACAUCAUAUGUUCCUAAUAUUCCUAGAGUUUAUCUUGAAUCUUAAUAAGGAGGAGAUCCUUUAAUUAAAUCAUUUUUUAAUCAUAACUUUUAAUAAGCUGAAAUUUCAAAUUAUUAAUCGCAUUUAAGCUAUGAAAUUCCAGUUGGAUAUUUACCUUAUAAAAAUGUUGUUAUUAUGAUAACUAUUGGCAUUACCCUUGGAAUGGCAUUACAUAUAUCUAAUUUAAUUAGAAGAGAAAAAUAGUGA